UUUCAGAAUUACCUAACUAAAGUUAUAAUAAUUUAUCGUCAUGUUUAAAAUAAAUAAUCGGACGGCUGCUGGUCCAGCAAUAAACAAUCAACCCAAAACAACUCCCAUAGUGGACGAUUAUGAAAUAUCCAAUACCGUUUUAGGAUUGGGAAUCAAUGGAAAAGUUGUGCAAUGCACGAAUCGCAAAUCGAAUCAGAAAUUCGCACUUAAGGUGCUUUUGGACAAUCCAAAGGCCAGACGAGAGGUUGAUUUGCAUUGGCGCGUCAGUGGCUGCAGACACAUUGUUAACAUCAUUGACGUUUAUGAGAACACAUACAGUGGAAAUAAAUGUCUAUUAGUUGUAAUGGAAUGCAUGGAGGGUGGUGAGCUUUUUCAACGUAUACAAGAUAACGCUGAUGGUGCUUUUACGGAAAGAGAGGCUGCACAAAUAAUGCAUGACAUUUGUGUUGCUGUGCAUUACUUACACAGCAGAGAUAUUGCACAUCGCGACUUAAAACCUGAAAAUUUGCUCUAUACUUCUCAACAUCCGAAUGCCAUUUUAAAAUUAACAGAUUUUGGAUUUGCCAAAGAAACUUUAAUAAAGGAUACACUGCAAACUCCUUGCUAUACUCCUUAUUAUGUCGCUCCCGAAGUUUUAGGCCCUGAAAAAUAUGACAAGAGUUGCGAUAUUUGGUCCUUAGGCGUUAUAAUGUAUAUAAUACUGUGUGGUUUUCCGCCAUUCUAUAGUAACCAUGGUCUUGCUAUAUCACCAGGAAUGAAGAAACGUAUACGUACCGGUCAGUAUGAUUUCCCAAAUCCAGAAUGGGAAAAUGUAAGUCAGGCUGCAAAGGACUUAAUCAAAGGCAUGCUAAAUGUCGAUCCAAGCAAACGUCUACGCAUUGAAGACGUGAUGCGCAACAGAUGGAUUGCGCAAUAUGCAGAAGUGCCAAUGACACCAUUGUGCACUGGACGUAUGCUAAAGGAGGGUGAAGAAACAUGGCCAGAAGUUCAAGAAGAAAUGAUGCGUUCAUUAGCAACAAUGCGAGUGGAUUACGAUCAGACUCAUAUUAAGGCUUUAGACAAAUCCAAUAAUGCUUUAUUGAGCAAGCGACGAAAAAAGAUUGAGGAAAUUGCAGCACAGAAGAAAUGAAAGUCCAAUAAGCAACUAAAAGUCAACAACUUUGAAGAUCGUAAUAAUAGUGGAUUUAGUAAUACUUUAUACUUAUAUCCAUUGCUAAGGAAGUAAACUUAUAUAUGCUUUUAAUAUUAUUUACUUAAAGUAUAAUUUUUAACGGAAGUGCUCUUUUAUCAAUUACUGCGGAAACAAAAUAACUUUAACUAAACAAAACAAAACAAAACAAAACAAAAC